GCUUGACCUUCCGGACGGACAGAUGGACCAGCAGAAUAAAGCGGCAGAGCCAGACUAGCCUCCCAGCAGCAGCGGAGACAGAGGAGGAGGAGGAGGAGGAGACGGGCAAAGUGGGGCGGCCUUUGGGGGUCCCACAUGGCGCAGGUAGGGAGGCUCCGCCCCUCUAUGGCACCCCCACCCCACCAUCUGGUCCUGGAAAGCUUUCUCCUGCCACUUCCCCUUGCUCUGUGGGUCUGGGGGCAGAGCCAGUCCCUAUUGAGGCACCAGCUAUGCCACAGGAAGGGAGGGGGUCUUCCCAGCCUGCGCCCCCUCCCUCAAGGCCAGGGUUCCAGAGGAGAGGGCUCUCAUUGGGGGGGAAGGUGGUAGCCCACCACCCAUGUCAUCCCCCCAUCCACUACAUGUUCUUUUUCAGUGAAACUCCCCCAUCAGGAGACUCCAACCCAUCUAAGCUCUUGUGCCCCCCAUAUGGCAGCCUGCUGGAGCUGGGGGAGGGGGGGUUGCAUGUGCUCACACCAGGCUGGGGGGCCCUGUGCCUUCUCCUCAUGCGUUGCACUUUGGGGGGCAGACCACCACCUGCCCACCUGCCUCCCAACCCUGAGCUCAUGGAAGGUGGGGGGCAGGCACAGAGUGGCCAUGGUAGUGGCAGGGCCCUUCCAUUGUCGGAGGGUCUUCUUGCCUCCCCCAUCUUCUCUCUCUCCCCCCACCAAUGUGCUUCUUUGGCAGCCGGAGCAGGAGGGGCCUGGCCCCUCUUCACCCCCCUUUGGGGAGCAGGAGGAGGAGGAGAAAGACCUGAGCAAGGCGCUGCGGGUGGAGCGCUUUGAGGAGAUCCUGCAGGAUUCACACCCACGCAAUGUGGAGGAGGCCGGGCGGAGCUACAGCGAGGAGGACUUUGAGUACCACCGCCAGUCUUCCCACCACAUCCACCACCCUCUCUCCAGCCACCUGCCUUCGGAGGCCCGUCGGAAGAAGGCUGGCAAGAAGAAGGCCCCGCGGCCCCGGAGGGCCUCAAUCCCUGGAGAGACACCCAUCAUUGAGGAGGAAGCCGAGGUGGACGAGGAGGAUGGCGACGAGGACGCGGAGGCCGGGGAAACCACCGAGGAGGCCGAGCACAGCCCCCCGCAGGCCCUUCUCCAUGGGCGCUCCCGGGAGGGGGUGCAGUUCUUCUUGCAGGAGGAUGAUUCAGUGGACCGCCAGGCAGAGGGGGGGCCUUCUCCCCCAGCGCUGAUCUUGACCGCCCCCUCCAGCUCCGGGGACCUCCAAGCUGCCCUUGCCAGGGGGGCCCGAGCAAGCAGCUCAGAUGCCGAGGAUCCCGGUGGCCCUGAGGGGCCUGGCACGGCCGAGGGCAGCUCCCCAGGGCGCUUGCUCUCCAAGUCACAGCUCGGGCACCGCAGCUACAACCUCAAUGAGCGCCGGCGGAUCGGGAGCCAGACGGGCAUCGACCAGGCCCGCUACCCGAAAGUGCCCACAGAUGAGUCAGAGGCCCAGACCUUGGCUUCUGCUGACCUGGACUACAUGAAGAGCCACAGGUUUGAGGAUGUGCCUGGAGUGCGGAGGCAUCUGGUCCGGAAGAGCACCAAGGGGCAGGUGAUCCACGUUGGCAAGGGCCGCAAGGACCGCAGGGAGUCCAGUAUUCGGCAGCGCAAGACGGACCGCCAGCCCCACGAGGUGUUUGUGGAGCUGAAUGAGCUGAUUGUGGACAAGAACCAGGAAAUGCAGUGGAAGGAGACGGCCCGGUGGAUCAAGUUCGAGGAGGACGUGGAGGAGGAGACGGACCGCUGGGGCAAGCCCCACGUGGCCUCCCUCUCCUUCCGCAGCCUGCUGGAGCUGCGCAGGACCCUCUCCCACGGUGCUGUCCUUCUUGACCUGGACCAGAAGACCCUGCCAGGGGUGGCGCAUCAGGUGGUGGAACAGAUGAUCAUUUCAGACCAGAUCCGUGCUGAUGACCGGGCUAACGUCCUGCGGGCACUCCUGCUGAAGCACAGCCACCCCUCAGAUGAGAAGGAGUUCUCCUUCCCCCGCAACAUCUCCGCCAGUUCCGUAGGCUCCUUGCUGGGCCACUAUCACAGCACCAACCACAUAACGGAGGCUGCUGAGCCAACGGUGACUGACCCACUCAUUGGUGGCCCCAUGGAGCAGGAGUCCCGGUUGGACAUAGAGAAGGAGAAGGAGUUGGCCUCCCCCGUCUUGAGCAGCAUCACCCGCUCCAAGUCCAAACACGAGCUGAAGCUGCUGGAGAAGAUCCCGGAGAACGCCGAGGCCACGGUGGUGCUUGUGGGGUCAGUGGAGUUCCUGGACCAGCCCACCAUGGCCUUUGUGCGGCUGCAGGAGGCGGUCCAGCUGGACGCGGUGCUGGAGGUCCCCAUCCCAGUCCGGUUCCUCUUUGUGCUGCUGGGCCCUCGGAACGCCAACAUGGACUACCACGAGAUUGGGCGCUCCAUCUCCACCCUCAUGUCCGACAAGCAUUUCCAUGAGGCCGCCUACCUGGCUGACGACCGGAACGACCUGCUCAACGCCAUCAAUGAGUUCCUGGACUGCAGCGUGGUCCUGCCGCCCUCCGAGGUCCAAGGCGAGGAGCUCCUGCGGAGCGUGGCCAACUUCCAGCGCGAGAUGCUGCGGCGGAGGGAGGAGCAGGAGCGGCGGCUGCUUCUGGGGCCGGUGGCUGAGCCCAAGUCUCCAGAAGAGAAAGCGCUGCUGAAGCUGUCGGUUUUGGAGACCGAGGAGCUUGACUCGCUCCGGCGAACGGGCCGUCCCUUUGGGGGGCUGAUCCGGGACAUCCGCCAGCGCUAUCCAAAGUACCUUAGCGACUUCCGGGAUGCACUGGAUGCCCAGUGCCUGGCUGCCGUGAUCUUCAUCUACUUUGCGGCUCUGUCUCCCGCCAUCACCUUUGGGGGGCUGCUGGGUGAGAAGACGGAGGGUCUGAUUGGCGUCUCGGAGUUGAUCAUCUCCACCUCGGUGCAAGGCAUUGUCUUCUGCCUGCUGGGUGCGCAGCCCCUCCUCAUCAUUGGCUUCUCAGGGCCUCUUCUCGUAUUUGAGGAGGCCUUCUACAUGUUCUGCACAUCCUAUGGCCUGGACUACUUGGUGGGCCGCGUCUGGAUUGGCUUCUGGCUCAUCAUCAUCGGGAUCCUGAUGGUGGCCUUUGAGGGUAGCUUCCUGGUGCGCUACGUUACCCGCUUCACCCAGGAGAUCUUUGCCUUUCUCAUUUCCCUCAUCUUCAUCUAUGAAACCUUCUUCAAGUUGUUCAAGAUCUUCCAGCAGCACCCGCUGAACAGCUGCCUGCAGCUCAACGACUCCAUCCAGGUCCCAGAGAGUCAAGGGAAUGACAGCAGCAGGCACCAGGCGUCCCCCGAACCGACUGGUCAGCCCAACACCGCCCUGCUGUCCUUGGUGCUCAUGGCCGGGACAUUCUUCAUUGCCUUCUUCCUGCGCAAGUUCAAGAACAGCCGCUUCUUCCCCGGUGGGGUCCGGCGAGUGAUUGGUGACUUUGGGGUGCCCAUCGCCAUCCUGCUUAUGGUGCUGGUGGACUACAACAUCGAGGACACCUACACACAGAAACUGUCAGUGCCCCACGGAUUCUCCGUCACAGACCCCCAAAAGCGGGGCUGGGUGAUCAACCCACUGGGCCAGGCCAUGCCCUUCCCCAUCUGGAUGAUGUUUGGCUGUGGGCUCCCGGCCAUGCUGGUCUUCAUCCUCAUCUUCAUGGAGACGCAAAUCACUACGUUGAUCAUCAGCAAGAAGGAGCGGAAGCUGCAGAAGGGCUCUGGGUUCCACCUCGACCUCCUGAUCAUUGUGGCCCUGGGGGGCAUCUGCGCCCUCUUCGGGCUGCCCUGGCUGACAGCAGCCACUGUGCGCUCGGUUACCCACGCCAAUGCCCUGACCGUCAUGAGCAAGGCUGUGGCCCCCGGGGACAAGCCCAAGAUCCAAGAGGUGAAGGAGCAGCGGGUCACAGGGUUGCUGGUGGCCUUCCUCGUUGGCCUCUCCAUCGUGAUUGGGGACCUCCUGCGCAAGAUCCCCCUGGCAGUGCUGUUUGGGAUCUUCCUCUACAUGGGGGUCACUUCCCUGAAUGGGAUCCAGUUCUAUGAACGCCUCCAGCUGCUGCUGAUGCCGCCCAAGCACCACCCGGACGAGGGCUACAUCAAGAAGGUGCGGACGCUGCGAAUGCACCUUUUCACGCUCCUGCAGCUGAGCUGCCUGGCCACGCUAUGGGCCGUGAUGUCCACUGUGGCCUCGCUGGCCUUCCCCUUCAUCCUCAUCCUCACUGUGCCACUCCGCCUGUGCCUCCUCAGCCGCAUCUUCACCGAGAGAGAGCUGCAGUAUCUGGACGCAGCCGAGGCUGAACCCAUCCUGGAUGCCAGGACCGGGGUGGACGAAUACCACGAGAUGUCUAUGCCCGUGUGACGAGGGCAUGGAUGAGUGCCACCAAAGUCCACCAGGAAAGGGACUGGAGAGGUUUCUCCGUGAUCCAGAUGGGCCCCCAUGGCUCACGCCUCCUCUGUGUCCCCCACCACCAACUUAGUGCCUUCGCUGCAUCCACCCAGCUCAAGCAACCAUAGGCGGCACCCUACUCUUUGGGGGGUGGCAGUGGAGGCUGCAUGAGGAACAAGCCAGGCUCAAGCCGUCCCACCGCUCUGCAUCCAUGGCAUCCUCCGUCCACAAGAGCUGCCCCUGCGCAUCUCGUCCACAGUGACCAGCAUGGCCCAGCUCUGCCCCUCGAAGGGAUGGGGGGCACACAUACACACCUCUUCCAAGAAGACAAUCAGCCAGUGGCUCUAAAGUGGCAUGAUCUUAUUUAAAAGAUUAAUUUAAAAGUGUCAAUAAAUAGCUUUAUUACAAUCCGA